AGUAAGGUAAGGCAAAUUUAUUACACACCAUACCCAUCUAUUAAUCAUGAAAGAAGGGGAUGGAUUGCUACACUUAAAAUUAAGGCUAUGAGCAUCAUUAAGGCUCUUGAGAAUAAAGAUGACCAACAAGAAGGGUUGGCACCAUAUUUCCAAGAUGAUGAGCCUCAUAUUCCCCAACCAAUAAAUAUCGAUGACAUUGCUUAUGAACUUGUGCAAUAUUAUGAUGGGAGGUUUAUUGAAAUACAUGAAGAAGCUGAUGUUGGGAAAGGGAUUGGGGAAGAGGAUGAAGAAAGGGAAUGGGAAGAUUUUGAGAUAUCAAAAGAAGAAAACAUAGAAACAUAUGUUGAGGAGAAUGAUAGUAGUGAUGAGUAGGCAAUAAUAUUUAUAGAAACUUAUUGUUAUAUUUAGGGUUAAUAUUUGCUUGUUUGUACUUUUAUAAUUAUAUUAGUUGUAUUAUAUGUUAUUUAAUUUAAAAUUAUAUAAUGUUAUUGUUACUUUCAAGUUUAUAUUUGCUUAUUUAUACUUCUAUAAUUGUAUUAAUUGGAAUAAAAGUUAUACGUUUAU